CUAUCUAUAUAUAUAUAGAUAGAUAUUAUAAUCUUCUUCUGCGGCUGCGUCUUUAGCCAAUCAGAAGACUUAUUAUAUAUAUAUCGAUCUCCGUCGAUCCCUAAAACGCUGACCGGUCUCUGUCGAACAAUCGCAGGGUACAAUCUGAGGCUUUGGAAGAGCUUCCCCUCUCUAGAAUCACACUUUCUCCCUAGGAUUUAGGUUGUCAAGGGAGUAUCUGCUCGUGCAAAGAUGGUGUCGCAGGCGUAUCUUGACAAAAUGUCUGCUCGCCAGGGGUAUCGGAAUCUCUGGCGCACCGAUCUCAUGCAUUCUAUAUGCGCCGAUCCUGCCUACUGCUGUUUUGCGACCCUCUGUGCUCCCUGUGUAUCAUACUUGCUUCGCAAACGAGCUCUUUACAAUGACAUGUCAAGAUACACAUGCUGUGGAGGCUACAUGCCUUGCAGCGGGAGGUGUGGAGAAAGUAAAUGCCCCGAAUUAUGUCUUUGCACUGAGGUUUUCUUAUGCUUUGCAAAUUCAGUUGCGUCAACACGCUUCAUGCUGCAAGAUGAGUUCAACAUACAGACCACGAAGUGUGACAACUGCAUUAUUGGUUUCAUGUUCUGCCUUCAACAAUUGGCCUGUAUAUUUUCUCUGGUUGCUUGCAUUUCUGGAAUAGAUGAACUUCAAGAGGCGUCUCAGAUCCUGUCAUGUGCGGCAGAUUUGGUUUAUUGCACGGUUUGUGCUUGUAUGCAGACACAGCACAAGGUUGAAAUGGACAAAAGGGAUGGCAAGUUUGGGCCACAACCAGCAAUGGCUGUGCCGCCACCUCAAUACAUGUCCCGUAUUGAUCAGCCCGUCCCUCCAUCAGUCGGCUACCCACCACCUGCACCAGCCGCAUACCCACCCCCGCCAGCUUACGGACAGCAGCCAUAUGGAAGCUACCCGCCGCCACAAGGCCAAGGCUACCCCCCAGCCCCCGCCGGUUAUCCCAGGUGAUCCUUACCAUAUGAUUUGAAGGCUUGAGUUGUUGUCUGGACAUGGCUGCCAUUUCAGAUUCUUAGUUGAUUUAGGGAAAUUAUCUAUCUAUUAGCAAGGCAACACUAGAACUCAGUAUAUAUACUAUAGGUGUGUUUUGUGUUAUAAAUAAGAAGCCUGGUUAGUAUGCACCUAGUUGCACAGCCUUGGUAUUCCGUUUAUUAUCAUUCUCAUUGUGUGUGAAUUUGUUGAUUU